CAACCGUGCUCUUGGCUCCAACACAUUUCGGUCCCCACACAUUUCGGCGUGCACUGCUGGCGGUGCGCAUUGUUUUUACUCAGUUUUUAUUCUAAAAUUGUUGAAUCGGAAAUGUAAGAAUUAGCAUUUUAGUACUGAUUACUAAGACCGGAAUUGUGUUAUACAACACUGCUUAAACGAUCGCCGGCAUCCGAAUCCGAAUUCGGUUAAUGGUUUCAAGUUGUUAACACGCACAGUGCCUUAAAAGUGUUCUGACAUUAUUGUUAGUACGUGCAAAGUUCAGCUAAGCAUACGCUCCAUAAAUAUGGCCAGCAAAAGUCACCAGGCGGAGGCCCAGCAGUUGUACCCCCAACCAACAAGAGUGGAACUGCUAGCAGUUCAAACGGAAAGCAACCAGAAACCAAAAUGGACCUAUCUCUUGUUACUGGUGUCCCUGGCAACGACAUUUGGCGGAGCAGUGUCGACGGGCUACUGCAUAGGCGUUAUCAACGCCCCCUCCAAGCUGAUGAAGGUCUGGUGCAAUCAGACCCUGCACGACACCUAUGGCAGCAACCUGAGCGAGAGCGGCUUGGAUCUGUUGUGGUCGUGCGUGGUUUCUGUGUUCCUGGUCGGUGGCGCCAUCGGCUCGCUGGGCGGUGCCGGAGCAGCCAAUAAGUUUGGCCGGAAAGCAUGUUUCCUCAUUUGUGGCGCCUUGUUCACCAUUGGAGCCGUGCUCUUCUUUUUCUGCCGCGCCGCAGGCUCAGUGGAGAUGCUGAUCAUUGGCCGUUUCAUCGUGGGCCUGGCCUCUGGCCUCGUCACCGCCACCCUGCCCAUGUACCUGUCCGAAGUGGCUCCCAUGGCGCUGCGUGGUACUCUGGGUGUGUUCUGUGCCGUUGGCGUCACAGGUGGAGUGGUCGUGGGUCAAGUGUGCAGUCUAGGCGAUGCCUUUGGAACUGAGGAUCUCUGGCACUAUGCUCUGACCGCGUACAUGGGUCUCAUCCUGAUUUGCUAUCUGCCAUCGUACCUGUAUCCCGAGAGCCCGAAAUUCUUGUACAUCGUCAAGGGUAACCAUGCGGCGGCCAGGCGGGAGCUGCAGCGCCUGAGGGGUGAGAAUUCCGAGGACUUGAUUGCCCAGGAGAUUGCCGAGAUGGAGGCGGAGGCCAAUGCCAAAGUGCAGACGAGCAGCUUCUGCGAUGUUCUUCGCGAUCCGCGUCUGACUCUUCCUCUGAUCAUUGUCUGCUGCUUCCAUGGAGGUCAGCAGCUCUCAGGAAUCAAUGCGAUAUUCUACUACUCGGUGUCCAUCUUCGAGAAGGCUGGUCUGUCCACAGUGAACGCCCAAUGGGCUAAUUUGGGUGCUGGUUGCCUGAACUUGUGCAUCUCCUUGUUGGGACCCUGGCUAAUGGCUUAUUGCAAGAGACGCACCCUGAUGAUGUUCUCCUGCGCCCUCUGCUCUGUCUUCCUGUUCACCAUCGCCUUUGUAUUGUACUAUAUUGACUUUGUCAGCUGGUUCGCCAUUGCCUGCAUCUUCUGCAUCAUGGGCUACAUAUUCUUCUACCAGUUCGGGCUGGGCCCCAUCCCCUACUUUAUUGGAGCAGAACUUUUCGAAGUGGCCCCCCGCUCCGUGGCCAUGUCGAUGGGCAGUCUGUCCUCGUGGACGUGCAAUUUCAUAAUUGGCAUCUCGUUCCCCAGCCUGCAGAACGCCUGGGGCGCCUUUGUCUUCCUGCCAUUCUCCAUUACCUGUGUGCUGCUCUGCCUGCUAACGAAAUUCUAUCUGCCGGAAACCCACGGACGAGAUCCGUCCGAGGUGGCGCCCCUCGUAUCGAAGGGCUUCCGCUCGAAGGUCAAAUAGGACCUGGGCUCCUCUUACAAUUAGAUUUAAGUAAUUGCCAAUGUGAGGCGGGCAUCUUACCUCGUCCAAAAGUGUGCCUUUCUCGACAAUAAGCCGAGGGCAAGUUGUAAUUUCUUUUUUAGUUUGUAAGUGCUUUUUGUAUAAAUCCAAUAAAUGAUAAAAUGAAAGUAUUUUUAAGGCGGGACACCCUGUAAGAGAGCUUUGAGAACUCUGUUCUAUUAUCACGCCUGCACAAGUUCAAUUAAAAAGCCUUUUGGGGG